AUGCAACAGCGACGAGAUGAAAUCCUGGCGAAGAAAGCCAAGCUUGCAGAAUUAAAGAGGCAGAGAGAACUUCGAGCGAGAGAAGUUUCGGCAAGCAGGCAGAGUCUUGCAUCCCCUACACCAGGACGAGCCGAUAAUCGAAGGGAACUUGACAGUCUAAUUUCCAGUUUAGUUGGAGACAGUAGACCUGGGUCAACUGGCCCUGGUGGAGCAGGAUCACCAGCGAAAGGUAGCCGACCAAACAGUGUAUUAAGUGCCGGUGAACUAAGUAAUGAGCCUUCCGAAUCGAGCCCAUCGAAUGCCCAAGUCUUCCAGACUCAGCCAUUAUCAAUAUCGACCCUCCAGGCCCUUUCUACGAUCCCAUUAUCCACGGUCUAUGAAUUUACACCAUCUCCUGUCAAGGAGGUAUUCUCAUAUAGUAAAGGGGUACAAACAACAGAAGAAUGGGGUACACAAACCUACAGGCCUCGAGCUUUCGACGAUUCGGACGAUGAGUUUGACAAACCCUCUGGAGUUCAGUCACCAAGCAAACGACUAAGCAGAAGGGAAAAGAAUAGAGAGGAAGAGCUAAGAGAGAACAUUCGCCGAGAAAUUGAAGAGGAGCUAAAGGCAACCCGAGAUCUCGUAGAUGGACCUAUAAGACCGGAUUCCCAGCAUUUAUCAACAGCAAACUUCCCGGCGAGAAUUUUGACAAAUGAGGAGCUCAAUGCCGUGACGUCGUCUGAGGGGUUUAUGGACUUCGUUGAAAGAUCAAGUAAGGUCAUCGAGAGAGCAUUAGAUCAGGAAUACGAUGUACUUGCAGAUUAUGGAUUAAGUGGCGCAAACGGAGUUGGGGACGACGAUGAAUACGGUAACACAGGUGGAAAGGGUAGAAGGAAGAUAAAGGAGGUUGCACAAUUUUAUGAUGAACGAUGGUCGAAGAAGAGGAUGAUUAGCGCCAUUGAUUUCUCACCUAAAUUUCCCGAGCUCGUUCUUGCAGCAUAUACAAAGAAUCCUUCGGCACCACACGAUCCAGAUGGACUGGUCCAAGUCUGGAAUAUGCAUCUCCACGAUAGGCCGGAAUUCGUCUUUCAUGCACAAUCGGAUGUUCUCGCCGCAAAAUUCUCUCCUUUCCACCCCAAUUUGAUCAUUGGAGGUGCUUACAGUGGUCAAGUUUUACUGUGGGACACAAGAGCAAAAUCGGCACCAGUCCAAAAAACUCCUUUGACCGGAUCAGGGCAUACCCAUCCGGUCUACUCUGUCGAUAUUGUAGGAACGCAGAAUGCGAAUAAUAUUAUAUCGUGCUCAACGGACGGUGUUAUGUGCGGAUGGACUGUGGAUAUGCUUGCGCAACCACAGGAAUUACUUACAUUAACGACUCCACCCCCCGCAAAAACGGAAGAUAUGAGUCCAACAUGUAUGGCUUUCCCACAAACAGACCCUACAUACUUUCUCGUUGGUUCAGAAGAAGGAACCGUAUAUUCUUGCCAUCGAUAUGAUCGAGCGGGUGCCAAGGCAGGUGUUGAUCAAAGGGUGAGUUACCGUGGUCAUACAGCGCCCGUCAUGUCUUUAGAUUUUCAUCCAGCAAAGGGUCCCGUUGAUCUUGGUGACCUCGUUUUGACCAGUUCCUUGGACUGGACCGUUAAAUUGUGGAAAGUCCGAGCCCCAACUGCAGCAUCAACCACAUCUAUCACAGGUGAAGGUCAGACAGUGGCUCCGUUAUUCGACUUUACUCGAGAGGAUCUUGUGUAUGAUGCAGCCUGGUCGCCUGUCAAGCCCGGUGUAUUUUCUCUCGUGGAUGGAGCUGGUAAUCUGGAAGUAUGGGACAUCACUGUAGACACCGAGGUUCCCGUGUCCAAAGUCCAGCCUAGUGGCCGAAAAGGUGGCCGGAGUAUCAUGUCCAAGAGCUUGAACCGUGUAGCAUGGGAGCAAACUGAAGGCAAACGUAUCGCAACUGGCGGUAUUGAUGGCAUGCUUUCCGUCUUUGAAGUUGGUCCAGACCUUGGGGGUAAGGAUAGUGCUAGGACUGAGGAGUGGACGAAUGUCAAGAGAUUGGUGGCUAGAAUGGAGUCAUCGGCACAAAAUGCUAAUGAUGUCAAUGGCUUUAAUGGGUUGUAA